AUGGCUGACCACGACGACACGUGUCCAGGCAGCGAUCCACCACCCGGCCCGUCCGCAUCCACGCCCGAUAUCCACGUCGCAGCGCCGUCGCAACCACUCCCAUCCCCUCAAGAGGCUCUCGAAGAGCUCCGCGCGGACCUCUGUCCGGUCGACGGCGACGCGCGCGUAGGGCGGGCACUGCUCCAGAGUAUCCUCGACGACGUCGGCACCGUCAUCCAUCGCCGAAUCCGGACGGAAGACCUCGAGGAUCGGCCGCAGGAUCCCGACAUAGAGCUGGUGCGCUGGCGCUACGACGCGGCCGACUGGAACCGCGCGGACAAGGUGCUGCCGCCCGAGUGCUUCCGGCAACUCAGCCCGACGAUACUGCACCACGACGCGCCGGCCCACAUGCAACGAAGCAGGCAAGACCUCCUCGCCGCGACGACCAACAACCACGUCACGCAGACCCUCAUGCGGCGCUACACGGUCGGCGAGCUCUUACGCGGCGUGCUCGAGUUUCCGAGCGUGCAGAGGGCCAUGAUGGACGUCGAGGCCGAGGCGAGGAGAUGGCGCAACGAGCAGGCAAAGGCGCGCGCCAACAGCGUCCACCCCCACCAUCACCAGAUUCAGCAUUGA